CAUCUCCACUCGUCCCUCCCACAUAUAUCUCUCCUACAUUACCUUCUCUUACGCCACAAGAUUCUGCAAAUAUCUUCGAACCAACACCUGUUGUCCUCCCAGAUUUACGGCGUUCUUCACGUCAUAAACAAGUUCCCACAAGGUAUAAGGACUAUCACUGCUUUAAUGUACAUGAUCAAUCAGCUUUUUCAUCCUCAGAACCUUCCUCCUUUACCCAAGCUAUUUAAUGUCCUAAGUGGAGAACAGCUAUGCAGACAGAACUUUGAGCCUUGGGAGACACACAUACAUGAUUUCACUGUUCGUGUUCUUUUGGCUAUUGCUGCUGUUAAACAGUGGCCUUUACAUCAAAUGGAUAUUCAAAAUGCUUUCUUACAUGGUGAUUUACAUGAAGAGGUAUACAUGAGACUUCCGCAAGGUCAUCCUCAACAGGGGGAGCACAAUCUUGUUUGUAAGCUUAAUCGCUCUCUUUAUGGCUUGAAACAAGCCUCUCGUAACUGGUUUUCCAAGUUUUCUAGUGCCUUGCUUGCCAUUGGUUUUCAACAGUCUCCAGCGGAUUACUCUUUAUUUCGAUUGGACCGAGGCUCCUCUACCAUCUUCAUUUUAUUAUAUGUUGAUGACAUGAUUCUUACAGGCAACAAUCCUGAUCUCCUUGCUCGUGUGAAGGACUUUUUAUUUAGUCAAUUCAAGAUUAAGGAUUUGGCUUCACUUAAGUAUUUCUUGAGUAUUGAAGUAGCUUGCUCCCGAUGGGGAAUUUAUCUAUGUCAACGCAAAUACACUCUUGAUCUUCUUGAUGAUUCUCGUCUUCUUGGCUCUAAAACUGCUGACACGCCAAUGGACAAAAAUCUUAAGCUUACUGAGAGUGAUGGUCAGUUGUUGGAUAAUCCUUCCCAAUACCGUCAUUUAGUGGGUCAUCUUCUUUACCUCACCAUUAUCAGGCCAAAUAUAUGCUUUCCAGUAAAUAUUCUUAGUCAGUUUCUGCAAUCACCAAGAAAACCUCAUUUAGAUGCAGCACUCCGCCUUCUUCGGUAUCUAAAGAAAAAUCCAAGCCAAGGGAUUCUUCUUUCUUCUGCUAGUUCACUUGAUUUACAUGCAUAUUCAGAUUCGAAUUGGGCUAGUUGUGUGUCUACUCGAAGAUCCACUACUGGCUACUUAAUAUUUCUCGGUGCUAGUCCAAUUUCAUGGAAGAGUAAGAAACAUAAUACCAUGGCACUUUCUUUUGCUGAAGCUGAGUAUCGGGCCGUGGCUUCUACCACUAAAAAGUGGAACAAGUUAAAAGUGAGUGAAGGAAGUCCUCUUGUCACUUCCCUACUAGAAGGACCGAGUGGCAGUGGUAACACUACAUUGGCAGCUACUGCUGGCAUCGACGGUGAUUUCCCAUAUGUCAAGAAUAGAUA